AUGCAAUACAACCUCUUCUUCCUCGUCUUGACAACUCUGUCAACUGUGUCAGCCGCUCGAUCAGUCCUGAACCAGACCCAAACACCUAUCUCAGCAGCUUCGACCACCGCCGACAAACGAGGACGUUCCUGCGACUGCUACAGCGUCUCAGGCCCCGACCCUGGAUAUUUCCAGCACCACAAAUUCUGGGACUUUCGACAGGUCCCUCUCAACGCUCUAGCUGCCAAAGAGUUUCACUUCCAACCCGCCACGCAGGCAGAUGUAGCAGCUACUCAACAGAACAACGACUUCAAUGCCGCACCUAUCCUGCUCAAAGACACACCCUUUGCAGCCGAUUGGCUCAUCCAAGACUGGCAACGCAGCGGAUCUCUCCUCUUCCCUAUCCCCAUCGCAAACUCGAAUAAGAAUGCGUUUUUAACGAGGUCCCUGGCCGGCGGCUCCAGUUUUCUCGCUAUGCGUACUAAGAGAUUUGAGAAAUACUCCUCAACUGCAGAAAUCGAGACUGGAAUUCAGAACUUCAUGCAUGUUUCGUUCCGUGUCCGACUUCGAAUUCUCGAUAACAAUGAACCGAUCCUCUCGCCGCCAUUGCUCGAGAACACGGCCCUUGGCAAGAGGAAUGAUGAAUUGACAGACAUGCGUAUUCAAGAAGAUCCUCUCGUGCAGAGAAUUGCAUCCCGAUUGCCGCCUUCGACUGGUGCCUGCGUUGGCAUAUUCACCUUCUUUUCGCGAACGAGUGAGUCGGAUAUUGAGAUCCUUACUUCAGACCCGCCCAACCGCGCACACUACGCCAAUCAACCGGACUACGAUCCGAUACGCAAUGUCGUGAUACCAGGUUCGCAAGUCGCUGUCGAUGCUCAUGUGCCAUGGACAACGUGGUCCGCUUAUCGUCUCGACUGGUUUCCGGGCAUGUCUCGCUGGUACGUUGAGAACCAGCUUCAAGCCAGCCUGGCAUAUGGAGUACCCGUCGACCCAAGCAGACUGAUCGUCAAUAUCUGGAGUGAUGGCGGGUUAUGGUCUGGCAAUCUGACAGUCGGGAACAGCGUACAUUUGGGCAUUGAAUGGAUCGAGAUUGCAUACAACUUGACCGGCGAAGCUCCUCGACCUUGCAAUACAGUCUGUCGUAUUGAUAACGUCGUUCGCCCUGGUGUACCGGAGACGUGA